AUGAACAAUGACUCGGCCCCGGGCUCGAGCUCCGCGGCCCGCGAGCCCCUACAACCCGGCGACGGCUGGCAACAGAAUAGCGGCGAGGACGGAGGCCGGGGGGAGCCGUCAGCGGAGAGCGGCGAGGGUCGGUCCUCUGCGCUGCCUUCCUUCGAGCCAACGCGGAAGCAGAAACGGCGAGAGGGACUAUCUAAGAAGCUGCAGUUCAUAACCCUUUUGCAAAAGAGCUUGGACACGGUCGUCUUUUCCUACCUCUGUAUAUUGUAUUACAUGGAGUGCUCCUUUCCGCGUCUUCUCCUGCGCCUCAUCCCGCACUACAUUCUCCUGACACCCAAAGAGGCGGUGGUCUCGCUGCCGGCUAAGCGGCCGCACGUCUUCGGCAUAUUUGUGCCAAACAUUCUAUGCAUGCUCUUCCACGCCAUGCUAUCGCUGCCACGUGCCAGCGAGUCGGCGCGCGGAUACCUGAACGGGGGCAUUAUUAUUGACUUUAUCGGGCAGAAGCCAGCGACAUCGAAACUAGGCCUUUUGCUCUUUGACAUAGUGAUCCUCGCCGUGCAGUGCCUAAUGCUGGCGGUCCAUCACGACCGGGAGAGACUACGAAAGGUUCUCGACCCUUCAUUACCGACCGCCCGUGCCAGUCUGGCAGAGGCGUCUUCGCCGACCCCCCCGGAUCCGACCCAGGACCUCGACGCGGAAGAGCGUGGGAUAAUAAGAGACGAAGCGAAUAUUGGAGAAGACUCCGGCGGAAUCGAGCUGCAAAGCAUAGCUUCGAGAGCGAAUAGCGCUCAACAGGAUGACGUUAGGGAUCCAGAGGACUCCGGACGAAUGGGGCCCACCUACUACUCGUCUGCCACAAGCAUUGAUCUGGUAGAUAUCAUGAGAUCGGGCAGCGCAAUCCUGGGCAAUUUUCAUAUUGUUCACGCAAUUAGAACUAUCGGGAACGACUACCAGGCUGCGGCAGCUUACUCGCUUCAGUCUUUGGGUUAUAAUGCAACCCUUGCCGCCCUAGCCGCCGAAAGAAGAGCUAGGGUACAGCAGCAACAACAAUAG